AUGACCUAUUUGAGCGACAAUUUCCUUCUCCAAUCCCCGACCGCCGUCCGCCUCUACCAUGAGCACGCCGCAGACCAACCGAUCAUCGACUACCACACUCACCUCCCGCCCGCCGAAGUGGCCAACGACCAACGCUGGGAACACAUUACUGAGCUCUGGCUCGGCCACGACCACUACAAAUGGCGAGCCAUGCGCGCCAAUGGAUUACCCGAAUCCCACAUUACAGGCGAGGCCUCUCCUCGUGAAAAAUUUGACGCCUGGGCCGCCACCGUGCCCCAUACCCUGCGCAACCCUCUCUAUGAUUGGACCCAUCUUGAACUCCGCCGCUGUUUUGACAUCGAACUUCUUCUCAGUCCUGACACCGCAGAUGAAAUCUGGACUCGCUGCAAUGAACGCCUAGAAGACCCCGCUUUCUCGGCGCGUGGACUGCUCAGUAAAUUUCAGGUCGACACCGUCGGCACCACCGAUGAUCCCACCGAUACCCUAGAGCACCACCUUUCUAAUAACGCCUCUUUUUCUACAAAAAUCUACCCCACCUUUCGCCCUGACAAAGCCUUCUUUGUCGAUCGUCCAUGCCUUCUCAAUCCUUGGCUUGAUCAACUCUCGAAUGACAUCAGCACCUCUGCAGACCUACUCACUGCCCUAAAAGGAAAACACGACGAAUUUCACGCUAAUGGCUGCCGCCUCUCAGACCAUGGCAUGAAAUACGCCCUCGCCCAUCCCUGCUCCGAGGCCCAAGCCGACAAAAUUCUCGCCGCCACACGAGAUGGAAAACCCGCCACCUCAGAAGAAGCCGACAGCUUCGGCGCCUUCCUCAUGGAACACAUCGGCCAGUGGAAUGCUGAGAAAAAUUGGACCAUGCAACUCCACCUCGGCCCUCGUCGAAAUGCCAACACCCGUUACUUUGAAAAACUCGGCCCCGAUUCUGGAUUUGAUACCAUCGGUGAUUGGUCGCAAGGCGAGGCUCUCAUCCUUUUCCUUGAUCGCCUUGAUCAAAAAGGAAAACUUCCUAAAACAAUCAUCUACAACCUCAACCCACGUGACAACGCUGUCUUAGCCUCAGCCUGUGGCUCCUUCCAAGAAGCACCGACACCCGGGAAAGUGCAAUUCGGCUCUGGCUGGUGGUUCAACGACACCCUCCAAGGCAUGGAAAGCCAAAUCAAUACCCUCUCCUCCAUCGGACUCCUUUCCCACUUCGUCGGCAUGCUCACCGACUCACGUUCCUUUCUCUCCUUCCCGCGUCACGAAUACUUCCGCCGACUCCUCUGCAACAUCGUAGGGCAAGAAAUCGAAGAUGGAAAACUCCCCAACGACGACUCCCUCAUCCCCACCCUCAUCGAACGAGUCUCCUACAAAAACGCCGUGAACUACUUCCAGUUCCCUCAUCACACCUAA